CUAUGUAUUUUUUGACAUGAUAUAUUACUAUACUGAAAGUCUGAAACAAACAUUUAAAACAUAUUCAUCCUCAUUUCAAAAGAACCCACCCAAUGACUACAUCACCCUACAACUCUACUACUCUCCAAAAAAAUGACCAAUCAUCACAAUCCUAUUGGUGGAAAUCAAUUCAAGAUUUAACAUCUCUUGAAAAAACAUCAUCAUUAUCAUCACCCAUACUAAAAGUACUUAGAGAAAUGGAGAGACUAUGUAUGAUAAGUGAAAUUGGAGUUGAUGAGCUUAAACAUAAGCUUAUGGUGUAUAAAUCUGGUGAUUUUUGGUUUCCAAUUGGUGGGCUAAAAAAAGAAGACAUGGAUAUAUCACCGGUUAUAACUGUUUUGCUGGUCGGGUUGUCAGGGUCGGGUAAAAGCUCGCUUGUUAAUCUUAUGUAUAGUGUUCUUGGCAGAAGUGGACUCAUUCCCUUUGCUCAAACUUCAAAUGAAUCGUCGAGUCAUCCAACAAUGAUUUUAGAAGAACAUAACGUGUUACGAUCACCACGAAACGGGUUUUGCAUAUACGAUUCAAGGGGACUAGAUUUGAAUCAAAUGGAAGAAGGUUUAAUAGAGGUAACAAGGUGGAUGAGUCAAGGAGUGUGUCACAAUGAACGAUGUCGUUUUGGUGAGGAUGAUGUGGACUUGAUGAGUUUAAAUUGUGCUUCGGAUGGAUUUGUGAGACGGAAAGUUAACUAUGCGAUGGUGGUGGUCGACUUGACCGAUGUUUACAAGGCGUUUUUUUGUGGCGGGGAUUUUAAGCCACUUGUGGCUGUUAAAUCACUCUUUCAUUGGCCCUCAAUGAGGACAUCAAAUGCAGACCCAAUCUUAAUCCUUACACAUGGUGAUAAGUUACAACCCAUGGAAAGACUAAAUGCUCGAAUCAAAAUAUGUAGCUAUCUAGGGGUACCUGUGACAACGGGUGCAUACGAUAUUGUAUCGCUCACAGAACAAGGCAUACUCCCUGAAGAAAGUGACCCGGUCACCUAUUUUGCUUUGACAGAGGCAAUUUAUCGGGUUCUAUUACAAUCAGAUCGAAUGCAUCAUCCUAAGAAGACAUACAGAGAUUGGAUUGCAGAUAUUUUGUCACGAAUCAUGUGUUCACUUGCUUACUUCUUUGCCAUGCUUUCUCAUAUCUUUCAAAAGUGGGGUGAUAAACGAAAAAUGGUCGAAUUUGUUAAAAUAUUACCUAAAAAGACACGUUGAUUGGUAUUUACCCACCCCUUAGACAAAUAUGCAUGUACUCAUGUAGGACUAGGCUCAUUUAUAUAUAAAUAAUAUAAUAUAUUACUAUUACUAUUCA